GUGGAGUGCAUGCGCGUCGGCGUCUUCCGAAAGGACCUCAGCGAGCGUUUCAAGCUCGAUCCGGAAGCGUUCGGGGUCCUACUCGAAGAGGCUUACGUUAAGGCUAGUUUAUCACUAUCCCAUGUGAUUGUGAACUAUGCUGAGUGGAGUAGGAGCACCCCUUGACUUCAAGGGGAAACAAAGGGGGAAACAGGGCAUAUCACUCAACCUGGGAUAGUGAAAAACUAGCGUUAAUUACGACACUUGCAAAUUCUUCUGCGAAGUCGAAGAGGGUACGAAGAUCGGAGAUAUCGAAAAUUUCGAUGAGCAAGUGGAGCUUUUGAAGUCGCAGUUGUUGGCACUGUGCGAUCCGGAG